CUUUAUAAUCGUCGUAUAAUUGGGGAAAGCAGGGAAUGUGGAUGAUCACUAUUCACUACUCUCGAGAAGACGAAAUUCGAAACCAACAAAAGGGGCGUUGGCACUACUAUACCACCAAAGGGCUUGAGUUGAAAAUUUUCAGUUAAUCGAUAAAAACCGCCAGUAGUGGAUUAUAUAACAGAAUGAAACUGACUUGGAGCUGCCAAACAAGAACCACAUGCACUAGGGUUAAUCAAAUUCGGCAUUGCGAAAUCGUUCGUCUUCAAAUUCUGGAUCAUCUCAAGAAAUACUACGAGUGGAAUCAUGAACUGUGAAGUUUUCAAGCUGAAAGAACUUGAUGUGGAGCAAUUUGAGAUACAAGAUGUUCUCCAAUGAUACCUUGUGUAGCUUUAUCCUAAAAAAUAGAAAGGUCAAAAUGGCUGCAGGCAUUCUUCAUUCAAUCAUGUUUCACAGAGCAUUAGGUCUGAUAUAUCCAAAGAAUGUGGAUUCGGAACUCUUUGAGAUAACAUAUAUGCAGUGUAGUGAUUUUGUAAUUGAGAGGAAAGUUGAUGAGAAGAUUACCCAAUUUAUCGAUAAGGUGAAGAAGCACCCCAACCAGAAACACCAGAUCUGUGUAUCCUUCUAUGAAUCCAAAAACAAACAGACCUCAUGGUUCACAAAGAACGUUGAACGUUGCUACUGGGAACACUGGUACAUAAAUUUGAGCGUGGCUCAUAAUCCGAAAGCAGAUUCUGGCAAGUCUCACCACUCCAAAGUUGUUAACCUAGAAGAGGGUGCACCUAAUGAGAGGGAGGUUCGGCACUCAGGACUGGAAUCAUCUCUUCGUGAAGUUCUUCUUCAGAUAAUCAACUUUGUGAACGAGAAAAAGGACCAUAUUCCCUCGAUAGAAAAUCUUGAGGGUACCUCAUUUCCCUUUGAGAUCACCAUCUCAAGAUUCUGCUUUUGGGAUGGAACUGCUCAAGAGAAUGCUCCCGCAUGGCAAUCGACCAUGCUCGGCUGACUUUCAGUUUCUAAAGGGAUCUGAUUUUGUUUAACUUCAUGAUUGGGGUCCAGCCUCUCAUUUUGAGGACGGGAAAGUAAUCGACCAAGUUUGGUUUAGCCAUGUCCAUCAUCAUUCCCUCCAUCAAUUCCUUGCCCAAAACUCUUGAGAAGAAAGUGUUGGAAAAUAAAUUCAACAUGAUCCUGAAUAUUGCUGCACCGAUAUCUACCGCUUCCCCCAUUUGGCUACUCCUUUCACAUUAAUCAAAAAGUUCUUCCAUCUUCUUGUACCUUAUAGAAAACAUUUUCACUUUAUGUUUAACUUAUUUAUUUAAGUUUCCAAGUGUCCUUAAUUUUGAUGAGUACGUAGGAAUAUAAAUUGUGUAAUAAGCUCAUAGCUCUUGUAAGCUAUGAGCUUUUUCAAUAAAUGAAAUUUUUCAACAUUAUUUGGA